UUUUAACAGCUGCUUAUUAUGGGAGAAGAAAUAAUUUAUCAUUUUUGGCUUGUUUACGAUUUUGUAAUGCUAAAAUAAAAUGAUGGAAAAUUCUGUGCAUUAUAUUGAAUUAUCCAAAAACCUUAUACGCUUCGACGCUGUCAGCCAAUUAACUAACGUAUUCUUUGAUGAUUCCAAUAAACAAAUCUUUGCGGUGCGUUCAGGUGGAACCACCGGUGUAGUUGUCAAAGGCCCAUCUGAAGAUAAGGUUAUUUCGUUUUGCAUGAAUGAUCGUGGUCCCAUACGUUCCAUAAAAUUUUCUCCUAAUAAUCAAAUUCUGGCCGUUCAGCGACGUGAAAAUUCUGUGGAAUUUAUAUGCUUUCAAGGGGAUCAACCUUCAUUAGAAAAUAUCAUCGUCCAUCAAGUUAAAGCUUUAGUUUAUGGUUUUGUAUGGGUGCACAAUCGUGAAUGUGCUCUUAUUUCCAACGCCGGUGUAGAAAUUUUCACGAUCAUUACUGAAAAAAAUCAAGUGAAAUCAUUGAAAUCUAUGAGUAUGAGCAUUAAAUGGUUCGCCUGGUGUUCGGAGUCCAAUAUAGCUAUUCUAAGUACUACCGACAGCAAUCAUACCUUAAUGCCGAUAUUAAUUAAACAAAAAUCGAUUACUAAAUUACCAAAAUUGGAAUUGAGCAAUCCAAACCGUGAAGUUCAAGAAAGUAAAGUGACUCUAGGACAAAUUUAUGGUAUUAUGGCUGUUCUGAUAUUGCAGGCAGCCAGCGAUUCCGGCAUGAUCGAAGUCGAAGUUUAUUUAUUAAACGGUCCCGGUUUGGCCCCACGGAAAUCGCAUGUUUUACGGUUGGGUUUGGUGGGAUGCUUUGCCAUCAAUACCUUGGACAAUUUAAUAGUAGUGCACCAUCAAGCAUCUGCUACUUCUUUAGUAUUUGAUAUCGCACUAAGCGGCGAAGUAAUCAACGAGGUAACUUAUCACAAACCCAUAACCACGCCCAGAAAUAUCAGGCCAUUUGCCUUAAAAUUACCUAGUCUGUCUCCGGACGGUAAUAUCUUACAAUGUGAUUUAUACUCUACAAAGUGGGUGUUGUUCCAACCGAAUAUUGUAAUAGAUGCAAAAUUGGGUUGUAUGUGGUAUUUAAAUUUGGAUAUUGAAGCAUUUUGCACCUUAAUAUCGGAUCGUAUACGUUUAACCGAAUUUCUUUUGCAACGUGAAUCUGGAAAGCCGGUUUUGCUAAAGGUUUUAAAACAGUUAGUUCAGGACCAAUACAACGGUAGUUUAUUACCGGUAUUGGAAACUAUAUUCAAUAAAGCUAAUAAAAUUUAUGCAUCGUGGGUUCAAACGGAAUUACAAAAUCAAACUGCCCAACCGUCCAAUGUAAAAACUACAGCCAAAUCGGUAACACCUCCUAAAGUGCUAAUUGAACAAUUAGACAUGUACAGCCAUGUAUUUCAGCCAAUUGCUGGAAAGCCACAAUGCGAAACUAUACUAUUGUUAUAUUUACAAUCCCUAGAGAAGCAUAACGUGGCAGCUCAAGAAGAGUUAAGUAAGCUACUUAUAACCGAGUUAAUACGAAACCAAAACUACGAAACACUAAGACGCUUGGUUAGCUAUUCCUUGAUCAUGGAAUCAAAGACAAUUGCAUGCUUUUUGUUAUCGCAUUCCAAUGAAGCUCCUGUCAUUACCCAAGUAGCUUUGGAUAUGUUAAAAAUCAAAGCUAACGAUAUAAUAAUUGAAGUGUUAUUGGGUCAAAGUAAAGUUGUAGAUGCUCUGCGUUUGGCCAAACAUACCACAACACUAGAUGACAUGUCAAUAUCGGCCCGCAAAUUCCUGGAAGCUGCUCUAAAAACCGGUGACGACAUGAUCUUCUAUAGUGUUUUUAAGUUCUUCCAGAUGCGAAAUCUCAAACAGCAUGGAAGCAUGGAUUUUUUUAAAAACCGAACAAUGUGCAGAAUUCGUUCAGCAUUACAAUAAUAUGGAGACCAAAGAAUAAAAAUCGGGAUAAAUAAAGCAAUGAAAUCGUUAAAACAUUUACAAAAUUUGUUAUAGUGAGAAUUUUCAAUUGAAAUAUUUUUUUUAUACUUGAUGAUUAAAAAAAAGUAUUGAUUUCACAAUAACGGGUAUAGGAAAGAGCUAUUAGUUUCACAAAUAUUAGUCUUUUUGAAUACGAAUUGGGAAAUUUAAACAAAGAUAUGGACUUCAACUUCAUAAAGGCUCAUCAUUUUUUUGAUUACAUAAUAAAUAUACUUGUUCAGUUAAUUGCUGGCCACAAAUUUGGAUCGUCGUGUGUUUGAGGACGAAGAAAGAUCGAUUAAUGUAACAUAUCCGUACAUAAAAUUUUCAAUUUCGAUCACUUUUGGCGAUAAAAACUGAACGGGAAUAUGACUUCUGUUAUAAUAAAUUACUACCAUAAAUAAAAAUGUGUACAUUUUUUGGAUCACAUGCCGCGAAAAAGAUUUAUGGUUUUCCAACUGAAACUAUUCAAAAAUGGACACAAUUUCAAUGAGAUUACCUUUACGGAGAAAGGCUUACUGUGAAAUAAAAUCGCGAAUGCAAUUGUCACAACACAGUGAAGUAAUCAGGU